CCUCUCUCAUUUAUCUAAAAUCUAUCAAGUUUCUUUUGAGUUUGUUCUUCUGCAACGGUUGAUUUCGAUCAAAAUAAAUUAAAAUGAUCGAGUAUUUCUGAAAAAAUACAGAUAAAAUUUGGAUAAUCUGAAAUCAGGGUUUUUGCUUAUAGGUAGUUUCUGUUGGGUUGUUUGAUUUCGUUUCUUUUCUCUCAAUCUGAUUGGAGAUUCUUUUGAAGAAUUAGGGAGAGAAAAAAUGGUUGAUUGGAGAAGAAAUAAUCAAUUUGAUAACAACUAUCGGGAAACUCCUUCUACAUCAGCUAGAUCGCAGAACAAGAAACCUCCUACUGGUCCAUGGCAACCAUCUGUACCACAAUGGGAGAAGAAAUUCUGUACAAUGGUAGGUUCAGUUCCAUGGGGGAAGAUAGUGGAAGCCAAGAAAAUGAUGUCUUACUAUGACAAUGUUGUGCAGUGGAAUGAUUCUGCCGGUGAAGAGGCCUUUCAUAAUGCAAAAUCUCGUUUUUGGGCGGAAAUUAAUGGUCUCCCUUGCGACAUUUCUCUGCCUGAUCCGAAUACUUACAUUGAUGACAUCGAUUGGCACUCCAAAAUUGAUCCUGAGCUAAUAUUGGACUUGGACCGAGCGCCCAUGGCUCCUGAUAAUUGGGGAAGAGAAGGAAAGGCUGGUUUUGAAGGUAGUACCCUCGUAUUCAUGAAUAAACCUGUUCCGUGUACUGGAUGGGGUGAUGCAGACGAGGAUCUGGUCAGGACUGCGAACGAUUCAUCUCCUGGAACUGGUGUUAGAGAUGAUAAUAAUUAUAAUUCAACCAAUGAAGAUAGAAAUCCCUGGGAGUGUAGUCAGCCUGUGGAAAGUAGUAGAACUGGAUGGGGAGACGCUGAGGAGGAUCCAAUCAGGGCAAGGAACAAUGUAUCAUCUGGAACAGGUUACAGAGACAGGAGUACCAGUAGUGAACGAAAUCCAUGGGAUAUGAAUCUUCCUGGAGAUAGUCUAGCUUCCGAGGAUAAAAAAUGGGGUGAGAAAUCAUGGGCUUGGAAGCAAUGGGGUAACAAUAGUAAAGAAUCUGAUGGUUUUGAUUCUAGAAGAACAGGGGGUGGUUGGGGCCAGUGGGAAGGGAAUUGGAGAAAGAGAGAAGGUGCCACCCAGAAUAUGUCAAGGUAUAAAACGUCAAGGUUUCAAAGUGAUGAUCAGUAUGAAUUGGGCGGAGGAUGGAAGAAUGGUGGCAGAGGGAGGAAAAGGGUAAACUUCGCUUACGAGCGUCCUCUGAUUGAUAAAAAACCUUUUGUUCAGCGACCUUGGAACCCUGUUCAUCAAAUCGGUCAUCAUGGAUCUGCUGAAGCUGGCAAUAAUCUAUGGCGCAGUUGGGAUAAACAGGUUUCUUGAGCUUACUAAAUCCAAAUUGUAUUUUGUAUGUGUGAUGAACAAUUCUUUUUUUCAUGUUUGUAUACUCAAAGGAAUCCGGUAUUUCGUUUAUGUAUCACUGUUAUAGUCAGCGAGCAAACUAAGUUUUGAUGGAAAUGUGUAGUUUGCUCCUGGAAGAAGUGCCCUCAUCAAGAUCUUAAACUGGUCCUUAUGAUGAUCAAUUAGAUGAUAAACAUAUGUAUACUUGCCCCUAAAUGUUAUUUUCCAUGUAUUUUUGACAAUUUUCUUUGAAUCAUGGAACUUUGCAUGUUAUAUGCAACUAAAUAUAUCGUCCUACUUUCUUUCUU